AAAAAUAAUCGAAAUCUAUUUACUUUUGCACAUAAUGAAAAAAAAAUAUAUAUUUAAUGAAAAAAGUAGGCAAAUACAAUCGACGGGUGAAACCAUUGAGCACGUGAGUGACCAUUUUUGUUCAGUCCUUCCCAAAACCCAAUCGCAUAACCCAAACACACCACAGUAAGAAAACAAGAAAAAGAUAAGAAAAAAACAAAAAAAGCUCAUUUUCCGGGAAGCACACAAAGGGAAAAGAAAAACUGUUCCGCGGCCACCUCACCGCCGCCUGCAGCCACAUUCCGCCUCGUCGGAAGAGUACAAUCGCCGACAUCAUCUACCCAUGGACUCGCCGGUCACGCCGGGCCGGACCUCCGCGUCCGGCCGCUCAUCCGUCAUCGAUUCACUGCGCGGAUGCACGCUCUCCGGCGUCCGAAUCCCUAAGGAGGAGCUGAAGAUGAAGAUCACCUGCCCGGAGUACAUACGACUCGCCAUGAGGGAGGCGAUCCGGACCAAGGACGUGGAGGACACCGGGGUGUUGAAGUUUUACGACGCGGCUCGCGCGGAGGGAGCCGAAGCGGCCGACCCGCCUGAGUUUCCGCUGGUCGUGUUCAUCAAUUCCAAGAGCGGCGGGCGCCACGGGCCGGAACUCAAGGCACGCCUCCAGGAACUCAUGGGCGAGGAACAGGUUUUUGAGCUUUCAUCUGUGAAGCCUCAUGAAUUCGUCAGAUAUGGAUUGUAUUGCUUAGAGAAGUUUGCUGAUCUUGGAGACAAUUGCGCAAAAGAGAUUCGUCAAAGACUUAGGGUUGUGGUUGCUGGAGGUGAUGGUACUGUCGGCUGGGUCCUGGGCUGUCUUGGUGAGCUCAACAAACAAGAACGACUGCCUGUGCCCCCAACUGGAAUUAUUCCACUUGGUACAGGAAAUGAUUUGUCAAGGAGUUUUGGAUGGGGUGGCUCAUUCCCUUUUAAUUGGAAAGCAGCAAUUAAAAGAACACUGGACAAGAUCACUACUGGCCCUGUUGUUCAUCUUGACAGUUGGCAUAUGUUGAUAUCAACGCCAGCUGGGGAGGAGUUGGAGAUACCUCACUCCCUCAAGCCAACAGAAGAAACUCCUCUUGAUCAGGAACUGGAAGUUGAAGGAGAGUUGCCGGAGAAGGUCUCCUGCUAUCAGGGAGUCUUUUAUAAUUAUUUUAGCAUAGGAAUGGAUGCUCAAGUCGCUUAUGGUUUCCACAAUUUACGCAAUGAGAAACCUUAUCUGGCUCAGGGUCCAAUAUCUAAUAAGGUGCAAGUUCUCUUCACCCUACAAAAGAAUCACAGAACUAUGCACAAAUUCAAAAUAUCAGACUGGAAAAUAUUGGAUCUUUUUCUUAUGUUGAGAAAAUAUGUUCUUUUAUUGACCUUCCCAAAAGUUCUUGUCACGGUAUUUCAAAUUUCUGAUUCUCUUGAUACUGAAAUCUAUAAUUUCUGUUGCAAAUCUUUAAACCGUGAAAAACUGAAUGUUUUCAGCAGACUUGGGUUCAGUUUGAGUUUGUCGGUGACAAAUUUAAUCUAUUCUGGGUACAGUUGCAAGCAAGGGUGGUUUUUCACGCCAUGCAGCAGUGAUCCUGGUUUAAGGAGUCUGAAGAACAUCUUGAGGAUAUAUGCUAAGAAGGUCAAUUCUUCGAUCUGGGAGCAAGUUCCUGUUCCAUCAAGUGUGAGGUCUGUAGUUGCUCUUAACCUUCCUAGUUAUGGAAGCGGUAGAAAUCCAUGGGGCAAUUUGAAGCCUGAGUAUUUAGAGAAGAGGGGGUUUGUUGAGGCCCGUGCUGAUGAUGGUUUUCUAGAAGUUUUUGGUUUCAAACAAGGAUGGCAUGCCUCCAUGGUUAUGGUUGAAUUAAUCUCGGCAAAACACAUAAUCCAGGCUUCUGCUAUUAGAUUUGAGUUAAGGGGAGGAGAGUGGACAGAGGCAUAUAUGCAAAUGGAUGGUGAACCAUGGAAACAACCAAUGAACAAAGAGUUCUCGUCAUUUAUCGAGAUUAAGCGCGUACCCCAUCAUUCACUCAUGGUCAAGGGAGAAUAAACUCGACUGCUAUUUUUUUCUUUUUUUCUAUUUUUGUUUAUGGUUAUUAUUAUUUAUCUUGAUGUGGCCAAUGUUCAGGCAUCAAGUGUUUGAUUAUUGUAAAGGUAUUAUUUGUUUCGGAGGGAAGUUAUUCUAGUCAAGUCCCAGAAAGCCAGUGUUUGGUGUCUGUUUAAAUUAGAUAUGUAAUUAUCAGGGACGAAGAUUUAACUUGCAGUCGCAGUUUAAUGAUGCUACAUAUUGUUUUUGCAGAAAACAAUAUUUUCCUUUUGUUAUUUAGUGUUUGCAUGAUAUUUUUCUGACAAAAAAAAUAAUGUGG